UAGUACUGUCAUCUUGGCUAUCCUUGAUUUGUUGUUUUUAUUGUGAUUGAUGUGUGGUCUUUAAACCGAAAAAAGUUAUGAUGCUAACAUGUCUUGCAUCAUAAUAUGUCAAGGGUUCAGUGUGACGUCGCUGUCUUAAUUUGAUGUUUCUUGUAAGCUGUCAUCUUAAAUAUGUCGUGGUUCGAUGCAUUAACUUAUACAUCAGGUCUCGUUCUUAGAGGGCUAACACGAGAAGCUGGCCCAGAUAAGGUUCUGAGUGUCAAACCAGAAAAAUAUGGAAAUUGCAUAAUUCGUUGCCGAGAAGAUUCCAUUGUUCUCUAUGGACCAACUGAUGGGCAAUAUGAAAUUGUGUUGCAUCGUCCUUGCAGCGAAACAUUGAACGAAGCGUAUAGUCUCUAUAGAUCAAAUGACGUUAAUGCUGCAGAAAUUAGAUUUUUGGAAUUGAAGGAUAAGGUGCCACAUCUUAUUCAGAUAUCCAGGGAUUUGAGCAGCUUACAAGGCCUCCAGAAACUGUGUGAUGCCUUGAGAGAGAAUCCGUCGUGGUCUCUAGCCCAUCUUGCAGCACACUUUUCACUGAAUGAAUGUUUCGAGAAACCUUCUGUUUCGAGCGAGAUAAAUGUCCCCGAGACGAGUACUGGUAUGUCACCACUUCAAGUGGCUGUGAAGACGGGAAAUUUAAAAACAGUUCAGGCCCUUCUGACAUGCAGAGAUGUAAGCCUAGAGCAUUUAGACUAUGAGGCAAACUCUGUCUAUCAUUAUGCUGCAAAUACGUCAAAGGAAAUUAUACAGGCACUGAGUUCAGUUUGUGCUAAGAGCCUAAACCAACGUAAUAUAAAUGGCUACACACCUCUGCAUUUGGCAUGCCUGGCAGACAAACCAGACUGUGUUAAAGCUCUACUUCUGGCAGGUGCCGAUGUGAACAUUGCUGCCAAUAAAGGGUCUGAUACAGCAACACCCCCUGGAAAUGUUGCUGAUUUUCUGCAGGGCAAUGCAAAUAAGUUGCAAGUGAAAGAGAUGAAAUAUGGUGGGACACCUCUCCAUUGGUCAAACUCUCGUGAGGUUAUCGAUGCUCUGGUUGAUAUGGGCUGCCACAUCAAUGCUCCAGACUUUGAGGGUCGAACUGCACUUCAGGUGGCCGUUAAGCGCCAGCGUCUGGAAUGUGUAGUGGCUCUCCUUGCUAGAGGUGUUAAUGUUGCAAUAUGUGACAAUAAUGGUGAUACUGCUCUGCACCUUGCUGUGCGUGCUGACUCUCUGCCCAUUGUCCAGGCUCUUCUUGCUUUUGAUGCACCUCUUAAUGCCAAGAAUAAUCAUCAAGAAACACCAAGACAUUGUGUAGCCAGAGGAACAACUGGUGACCGUAUACUGUGGUUGCUGCAUGCCGUAGGAGCAGAGCGAUGUUCACGUGAUAUGAAAGGUUGCCAUCGGGGAUGCUCAGCAACAUCGACUGAUCACCGUUUUGAUGGUAUUCCUCCUCCUCUUCCGUGUUCAUCUCAGACUCGUGUUGAACUGGACAGGUUGCUGGAUAUAGCUGCACUGUCAGAAACUCCAAAGAAGGGUUAUCGUCUGCUGUGCUUGGAUGGUGGUGGUAUUCGUGGCAUGAUACUCACUGCUGUGCUUUUAGAACUUGAAAAAGAAUUGAAAAAACCAAUACUCUACUGUUUUGACUGGAUUGGUGGCACAUCUACAGGAGGAAUUCUUGCACUGGCACUAUCUUGUGGAAGAAGCUUGAAAGAAUGUUUAGCACUUUACCUGCGUAUGAAGGACACUGCCUUUAUGGGAAUUCGACCGUACAGUAGUGAACCUCUUGAAAACAUCCUAAAGGAAUGCCUAGGCACAAAUACUGUCAUGGCAGAUAUUACUCAUCCAAAACUCUUCAUUACGGGUGUUUUGGCAGAUAGAAAGCCAGUUGAUCUUCAUAUCUUCCGAAAUUAUGAAUCUCCAAGCAGUAUUCUGGGUGUUCAACAUACAGGCUUCUUCUUGGCUCCUCCAAUACCUGAAGAACAACUUGUGUGGAUGGCAGCACGUGCAACUGGAGCAGCACCAUCAUACUUUAGGUCAUUUGGAAGGUUCUUGGAUGGAGGAUUAAUAGCCAAUAAUCCUACUCUGGAUGCCAUGACUGAAAUACAUGAGUACAAUUUGGCACUAAGAGCAGCUGGGCGUGAAGAAGAAGUGAAAACACUCUCAGUUGUUGUAUCUGUGGGCACAGGUGUUGUCCCAGUUACACAGCUUAAGGAAGUAGAUGUAUUUCGUCCAGAGAGUCUUUGGGAUGCUGCAAAGUUGGCCUGUGGUAUUUCUGCUUUAGGAAUGCUACUUGUUGAUCAGGCCACAGCCAGUGAUGGACGCGUUGUCGACAGAGCCAGGGCUUGGUGUUCCAGCAUUGGUGUACCAUACUUCAGAUUCAGUCCACAGCUAUCUGAAGAUAUAUCAAUGGAUGAAAAAAGUAAUGAGAAGUUGAUGAAUAUGUUAUGGGAAGCAAAGGCCUAUAUGCACUCUAAUAGAGAGACAGUUAGAAAAUUAGCAAAAUUCAUUGAUCCAGAAUGAAAUGUGGUUCUCCAGCAUCUAGAAUAUUAAACAGCCACAAAACUUGCCAAAAGAAGCAAAGGCCUUAUCCCAUGUAAUAGUGAAGAAGUGGAAGUUAAUAUUAUGUUAGAGGUGUUAUUUGCAGAUGUAAUUAAAGCUUUGCAUAAUAAAUGUGAUCAUAUGUGCUUCUCUGUUACACGUUUUUAGUUUGCUUACUAUGUUACAGGUUUUACCUGAACCAAUAUUAAUCAUGUCAGUACAUGAACAAUUAUUAUAUCUAAACAAUAAAAAGAUAUACAUGUUGAAAUAUUUUGAAUGUUAAGAAUUAUUAUUUGUUAAUUUAUGUAGGUGAAUUAAGUAUUUCAGUUAUGUGAGAAUUGGUUUUUAAAAAGCUUCCUUCUGUGAAUAUUUCUCUUUAAAUGGUAUGUGGAAAUGCAAGUCCUUAAUGAGUGCUAUAGUAUUAGUGUUUUUACUCUGAUUCCUGAUGUUGAACAUUUCUCAUUACUGUCUCAUGAUCAUUUAAAGUUGUGUGAAAACCCAAAAAUUUAGGCUUAGCACAGUAAUGUGUAUCUACAGACAGAAAGCAGGAACAACUGCUUCCCUUCGGAGUCUCCUGCAGUUUUCCUGCCAAAUGAGAUGGUUGUAUUACAAAGACAUUAAAUCUGUAGUCUGGAGAACUGGGAUUCACAUUCCCGUCUGGCUACAAAACUUUA